AUUACCUUUCCCUCUCUCACCCGUCUCCCCCUCGCGUGUCUAUCUGCCCCCCAAACCCCAGACGCAUCCCGCCUGCCCGCCUGCCGCUGGAAGGACCGCCCCUGACCCCAAAUCCGGAGCCCCCUCGUCGCCGCGGCGGGGAUUCCUGAGGCACAGCCAUCCAUGGCCUCCUCCAACUCCGGCGCUGCCGGCGGCGACGACCUCGACCAGCUCCUGGACAGCGCCCUCGACGACUUCACCAGCCUCGAUCUCGCCGCCGCCCCCAAAAGCAGUGGCGAGGCCUCGGCAUCGUCGUCCGGGGCCUCGAGGCCGGUGAAGGGGCUGGGGAUGUCGCUGCCAGACCCCAGGGCGCCCAGGCGGCGCGCAGCGAAGCAACCACCGAGGGGGGCGCACGCGUCGGAGGCGCUCGAGAAGCUAACACGCGAGACCCGGGAGGCGGUUCGGGGUCUCGAGUCGGCCACCGGGGGGAUCGGUGGGCUGGACGACGAGGGGAUGAUGGAGGACUUCGUGAAGCAGUUCGAGGAGUUCGCUGGUGCGCAGGAUAUGGACUCUAUUGUUGAAAAAAUGAUGAAGCAACUUCUGUCCAAGGAAAUUCUUCAUGAACCCAUGAAGGACAUUGUAGAAAAGUACCCAAAAUGGUUGGAAGAUAACAAAAGCAAGAUAAGCAAAGAAGAACAUGAGCGUUACAGCAAUCAGCUUGAGCUCAUGCUGAAGCUUAAUGAUGUCUAUGAACAUGAGCCUGAAAACAUGUCUAAGAUUUUUGAGAUCAUGCAAAACAUGCAAGAAUGUGGUCAGCCCCCCAGUGAUCUUGUUCAAGAUAUUGUUCCGGAUCUGGAUCUGAGCAAGUUGGGACAACUAUCACCCGAGAUGCUUGAGUCAGCACCAGAUUGCUGCGUGAUGUGAUGAGCAAAGCCAUGAUCGAAGGGUGCAAAUUCCAUGAAGUAGCUACAUUACCUGUGCCCUUGCCCUUUUUAGUUCAAAGUUGCUUUCGUUGGAUCAUCUGUAAAGCUCUGCAGAUAUAUAAAAUGAGUCUGUUAUUUGAUUCCUGGAUGGAUGUUAUACUUCAGUUGAUCUACUAUAAUUACGAGGAAAUUAAAUCCAUUUGCCUUAA